UGAAAAGUUAGACACAAAUGAAAUACCUUCAGCCUCAGGGAAGACAGAAAAACUUAAACCUGAUUCCAAUUGCAGGAGCGACAGCAGGAGCAGCUACCGGAACUGAGCUCAAAGCAAAGCACUGGCCCAAAAAUCAAGGAUGUGACACUCAGCAGGAUGUCUUACUGAUGGAAUCUGAAGAAGCCAAUGGGGGAGACCCCUUUCCCCCAGCAACCAGCAGCCCUCCUGAGGAAAACCCUGAUCCUACACCAGCCAAAAGGGGACAUGAUGCCACCACUGAGUCUGUAGAGAUGAGCACUGAGCUGCCUGGCUCUGCAGAAGGAGCACAGAUCUCCAUUGCCCAGGAUCCUCUAAGGCAUCUCUCUGCUGGGGAAUCAGCAGAGAUGUGUGGCAGAUCCUCUAACCCUGUUCUGUCAGGACUGGAACAAGGAGAGAGAGAUCUAAGGCACCAGAGAGGACUCUCAGAGUGGGAGAAAGAGCCUGCAGUACAAGAGAGAUCUUUGGAAAAACAGAGAUGGGAUCAGUCUUCGAACUCUGAACAGGGAAAAUCAGCUCAUUCUGAAAGCAGUCAGUAUUCUUCCUUUCCCAACACAGUCCCACAGGCAAUAGCCACUCAUGACAAAAACCCACAGGUACAGUCUCCAGCCCUUCAGAUUGAAUUUCUUCAGGAUCAGAAUCAUUCCCUGGCAUGUCAUACUGCUGUCCUCCAGGCACAGCAUAAGGAAACCUCAAUGACAGACACUAUCCCCAUCCAGAGGGAACCAGCCACUAAACACUUCAUGGUGUGUAAAGACAUUUCAGAGGUUCAUUGCAAGACUGAGACUUUGCAUGAUGACACUAUUGGAGAUCCCCCCUUGCAGGGGUUGGAUGUAGCAAAUGGGACCAACAGAGAGCUCCCGCCAAGUACUGAAGCAAUGGCAGGGACAGACGAGGAGACAUCUCCUGGGAUGGAUGCAGUAGGCAGGAUGAAUCCCAUACCUUCUGUAGAUAAUGAUGAAAAAGUGGGAGGCUUACAGAGAGGGGGAGAGGAUACAGACUCUUCUUCUUCACAUCACCCACCCUACCCCUUAUCGGAUGACAGCCAAAGAAAUUCACAGCUGACAGGAGGAAAUGCAGAUGGAAAGAUGGUCCUGUCAUCCCAUGAGAGAGGGAACAAUGCCUUGGCCACAGACCAGAAAACAGAAGUGGCUGCUAGGCAAAGUCCAUAUGGUUCUAUAAACCUCCUUCCGGAGGAGGAGAAAGGAGCAGAUAAUGGAAGAGCAGAAGGCAGCACUGAAUGUCCAAGAGAGUGCGUCUUCCACAUACUGAAUGCUUCAAAAAACACAGAGCAGGAAGAGUGGCAGCAUGAGCAGCUAGAAUGCGGGAAGGAGCCAGAAGAGGAGGAGCAGUCGGAAGAGAAGCAGCCAGAGCUGGAACAGGAGGAGCCAGAAUGGGAGAAGCUAGAGAAGGAAGCGAAACCAGUGCACGAGGAGCUAGUAUGGGACAGGGAAGAUCAGAAGGAAAAGAGGUGGGAAGAGCUGGAACAAGAGCCAGGGAGGGAAGAGGCAGAGCAGGAGGCUCCAACACCAGCACUCAAUCCAGCGUCACCUUCUCUCUCCAAGCAAAACUGGGACCUCCAUGAUGAGGGGGAGAGCAUUUCCUCGGCUGAGGGAACAGGGCUGGCCCCUCUGCCCCAGGAAUCAUUCUCCAAAAAUCAGCAUUCUGGUGAGGAUGAACUAUCCAGCAUAGUGUUGAAGGCCUGCAUUGGAGGACCAAAUGAAGGAACUCAGCCACCUGCUGUGAUAAAGUCUGAAAGUCAGAACCUAGCGGGUGGAAGUUCCAUGAUGCACUCCCCCACUUGGCACAUCUCUGAGCACUGGGGAGACAUGAGUGUUUCUGACCCUUUCAGCUCCAUUUCUUUAAGUGGCCAAGAUUGUGAAGAAACCUGUCAGGAUAAUAGAGCCAGUAAAGGUGAGGAUGGCCAUAGUGAUGGAGAUGGAAGGACAGUCCAGAGCUUUGAUAAUGGAGGAGCCAUAUCUCCAUUCUGCAGAGAAGUAACCUCAUCUGGUGCAGGGAACCCAGACUCUUCUAGGACUCUGGACCCUUCUUCUGGUACCAGGAACUUGGGAUCUUUUGGUCCCGCAGAUCCUCAUCCUAUUGCAGAAAACCCAGCAUUUCCCAGCCAUUACGAUUUCACUCCAGCCGCACCAUCAGAGUUCAACUCGGCAGCAUCAGCGGCUGGCCAAUCUCAGGAGGAUGCUGAUGAAAGAUCGCAAGUGAGCCCUGUGGGAUGUACUGACUUGGAGAAAGCACCAGUCUCUGUACAGGACACAUCCAGACAGACUUCUUACCUGCAGGAGGCAGCUUCUAGUGAAGGAGCCUCAGUGACUACCAGCACAAAGAGCAUCCAGACUCCUCAUGGGCUGCUUACACCUGAGAAGGGCUUUAAUGAAGACCCUAUUGCCCAACUUUCCAUCUCCAAGGCUUUCAGAAUUCCCCUUUCAAGGCAGAGCCUGCCAAUGGACAGAGAUGAAGUAGAAUCUACUCCUACAGCUCCAGCUACAAUGCACCUGGAGUCAUCCCAAGCACCAAACAUGGCUCUCGCUCCUGCGAAUUACCUGGAGAAAGUCCAGAGGCACCAAAAGCCCCCAACAAGAAGUUUUGUUUUCCAGGGAAAGGAAAUGGAAGCAAGCAUCGUUCACACAGCACAACAAAACCCUUUACUUGAUGAGUCACAUUUGAGCUUAGAGGUGGAAGUGCCAGGAACAGGAAGUGCCCUUAACGCUGUACCACAGCUCCCAGAAGAAACUGUAGUCCUUGCCUCAGAGCAGCACAUACAGCCUACUCCUCCCGACUCUGACUCCAACUCACCCCUGGCUCCUGCACCUGAUGCCAACCAGUUCACCUACCCUCCAGCGCCUGCGCCCGACUCACCCCUGGCUCCUGCGCCUGAUACCGACCAGCUCACCUACCCUCCGGCGCCUGCGCCCGACUCACCCCUGGCUCCUGUGCCUGAUGACACCCAGCUCACCCACCCUCCGGCUCCUGCGCUCGGCUCACCUCUGGCCACUGUGCCUGGCGCCAACCAACUCGUCUACCCUCCAUCUCCUGUGCCCAGUUUGCCCCUGGCUCCUGUGUCUGAUGCCAACCUCACCCACACUCUGGUUCCUGCACACAGCUCGCCCCCAGCCCCUGAUGCCACCCAGGUCAUCCACCCUCUGGCUCCUGCACCUGAUGCCAACCACCUCGUCCACCCUCUGGCUCCUGUGCCCAGCUUACCUCAGGCUCCUGUGCUUGAUGCCAACCAGCUCAUCCACCCUCCAGCUCCUGCACCCAGCUCGCCCUCACUUGCCCCUGGCUCCUGCACCUGA